AGUAAAAUAAUCUUUGACCAGAAUUUUUAUAAUAUUUAGCAAAUAGUUUCACUUUUUGGGUGUAAGUUAUAAAAUUAUUAUUAAAAUACAUAAAAUCAAAUGGAAGUAAAACAAGAAAUUAGCGAGGAAACGUGUAAAGUAGAAAUAGAGUAUAAUGACCUGGAUGAUACUCUUCUGGAUGGUGUUAAAUGUGAAAUUAAGGAGGAAUCCAAUCGGCAAAGGACACAUGACACAUCUGAUUAUUUGGACUUAAAGCAUGCUAUAAAUACUAAAAUAGAACAACAUGGGAAUAAACUUGACUCCUUUGAAGAAAAUAAAAAAACUGAAAUAGGCUAUCUGCAGCAAGUAGACAAUAAAAUGGAAAUUAUGGAGACACUAAUUGAACAUUCAUCUUCCGAAGGCAAUUUUAUGGGUCCACACGCUGAAGAAAAAUCACUAAAUCAAAAUAAGAAAGUUGCGACUGGACGAAGACCUUACAAGUGCGAAAUUUGUUUUAAGCAAUUUAAUCGAGCAGAUCGUUUUAAAACACAUUUGAAAGUGCACACUAGAAAAAAACCUCACAAGUGUGAAAUCUGUUUAAAGCAGUGUAUUUCAGCAGGUCAUUUGAAAACACAUUUGAGAGUGCACACUGGCAAAAAAUCUUUUAAGUGUGAAAUUUGUUUUAAGCAAUUUAGUGAAGCAAGUAAUUUGAAAACACAUUUGAGAGUGCACACUGGCGAAAAGCCGUACAAGUGUGAAAUUUGUUUUAAGCAGUUUACUCAAGCAGUUCAUUUGGAAACACAUUCUAGAGUGCACACUGGAGAAAAACCUUAUAAGUGUGAGAUUUGUUUUAAGCAAUUUAGUGAAGGAGGAUCUUUGAAAACACAUUUGAGACUGCACACCGGUGAAAAACCCUAUAAGUGUGAAAUUUGUUUUAAGCAAUUUAAUGAAGCAAGUACUUUGAAAACACAUUGGAGAGCGCACACUGGCGAAAAACCGUACAAGUGUGAAAUUUGUUUUAAGCAGUUUUCGCAACUAGGAGGUAUGAAACAACAUAUGAGAAUUCACACUGGUGAAAAACAUUACCAGUGUGAAAUUUGUUUUAAACAAUUUAAUAACGGAAGUGCUUUGAAAAGACACUUGCAAGUGCACACUGGGGAAAAACCUUACAAGUGUGAAAUUUGUUUUAAGCAAUUGACUAGAGCAGGUGAUUUGAAAAUACAUUUGAGAUUGCACACUGGAGAAAAACCCUAUAAGUGUGAAAUCUGUUUUGAGCAGUUUACUAGAGCAAGUAAUUGGAAAAUACAUUUGAGAAGAGUUCACACUGGAGAAAACCCUUUCAAGUGUGAAAUUUGUUUUAAGCAAUUUAGUGAAGCAAGUAAUUUGAAAGCACACUUGAGAGUACACACUGGCGAAAAACCUUAUAAGUGUGAGAUUUGUUUUAAGCAAUUUAGGGAAGCAAGUACUUUGAAAAGACACUUGCAAGUGCACACUGGGGAAAAAACUUACAAGUGUGAAAUUUGUUUUAAGCAAUUUAUUCGAGCAGAUCAUUUCAAAACACAUUUGAGAAUACACACUGGCGAAAAACCUUAUAAGUGUGAGAUUUGUUCUCAACGAUUUAGCCAAGCAGUUAGUUUGAAAAAACAUUUGAAACUGCACACUGGAGAUAAACCGUACAAGUGUGAAAUUUGUUUUAAGCAGUUUACUAUAGCAAGUCAUUUGAAAACACAUUUGAGAGUGCAUACUGACGAAUCUUACAAGUGUGAAAUUUGUUUUAAACAAUUUAGUCGUAACGGAAUUUUGAAAAAGCAUUUAAAGAUACACACCGGAGAAAAACCGUACAAGUGUGAGAUUUGUUUUAAACAGUUUAUCGAAUCAAGUGAUUUGAAAAGACAUUUGAAAGUGCACAAUGGAUAAAAAACUUGCAAGUGUGAAAUUUGUGAAAAUACAUAUAACUAAACAGCAUUGAUCGUGAUAUUCUUAUUUUAAAAAAUUAUUUUUGUAUAGACUUCAAAUUUUUCCGCCCCCUGAAAUAACCUGCCGCUCGACAAUUGUAUAUGGAGAAUAAGGUUCAACCACGAGUUAUACCAAUACUGGAUGUCCACUUCUAAAUGGCUCAAGAUAGAAAUAUGCGGUUAAAAUGGUUCUUAAAAUUUAAUAGGGAAGGCGGUAUUAAAAUUGAUAUAGAGGUUUUUAAUAGAGAAAGAUGAAGAAGUUUAUAUUUAGGGUUUUAAAUAGGAUGUAAGAGAGUCCCUAGCCCAGCUAAUUUAUAUAAUUAUUGAAUAUUGUAGUAUUUCUCACUUAGAGAGUAUUUAGUUGUUAUAAAGGACUUUCGUGAGUCAUAAUGGUGAACACCUCACCCCUUUAACUUCUGCUAGGUGAGAUAUUUAUUUUGGGGUAACCUUUGCUGUUGUUUUCCUUAUAUCUCACCUAUUGUAGGUUUAUUUAGAUUACAUUACUAACUUUUAGUAUUAAGACAUUUAGCUACUCCCCUGGAUUUGAAUUGUGUUCACUAAUAUCUACCUUUUCAUGGCUUAGUAGUGGUGGUACUUUAUUUCUUUUUCGCGGCUAUGUGGUCCUGGACUUUCGUGUAUCCCAUUACUACUGUUAAGUCAUUUAGUUUAUGUAUAUACAGGGUGUCCCGAAAAGAUUGGUCAUAAAUUAUACCACAGAUUCUGGGGUCAAAAAUAGGUUGAUUGAACCUCACUUACCUAUAUACAAUAGUGCACACAAAAAAAGUUACAGCCCUUUGAAGUUACAAAAUGAAAAUCGAUUUUUUUUCAUAUAUCGAAAACUCUCAUAGAUUUUUUAUUGAAAAUUGACAUGUGGCAUUUUUACGACAGCAAUAUCUUAAAAAAAAAUUAAGUAAAAUUUGUGCACCCCAUACAAAUUUUAUGGGGGUUUUGUUCCCUUAAACCCCCCCAAACUUUUGUGUACGUUCCAAUUAAAUUAUUAUUGUGGCACUAUUAGUUAAACACAUUAUUUUUAAAACUUUUUUGCCUCUUAGUACUUUUUCGAUAAGCCAGUGUUUAUCGAGAUAUUUUGAAUAUUUGUCGAAUCCACCACAUAUUUGUAUAUGGUUAAGUACGGUUAUAGAGACCUGUUAAUAAUCUGAAAAUUUAUUUAUAAUUUACAUUUUUAGGUAUAUUUUGAAAAAGAAGCCACAUCUCGAUAAAAGGUGACUUGUCAAAAAAAGACUAAGAGGCAACAAAGUUUUAAAAACACUGUGUUUAACUAAUGGUACCACAAUAAUAGUUUAAUUGGAACGUACACAAACAUUAGGGGGGUUUAAAGGAACAAAACCCCCAUAAAAUUUUUACGUAAAUAUAUUGAAAAAGAAGCCGCAUCUCAAUAAAAACUGGCUUAUCGAAAAAAUACUAAGAGGCAAAAAAGUUUUAAAAACGUUGUGUUUAACUAAUGGUACCACAAUAAUGAAUUAAUUGGAACGUACACAAAAGUUUGGGGGGGUUUAAAGGAACAAAAUCCCCAUAAAUUUUUUAUGGGGUGGACAAAUUUCACUAUAAUUUUGUUUUAAGAUGUUCCUGACAUAAGAAUUAUACAUGUCCAUUUUCAAUAAAAAAAUCUCUAAUAGUUUUCGAUAUAUUGAAAAAAAUCGAUUUUCAUUUUGUAACUUCAAAGGGCUGUAACUUUUUUUGUGAGCAAAUUUGUACUAAGGUAAGUUAGGUUCAAUCGAACUAUUUUUGACCCCAGAAUGUGUGGUAUAAUUUAUGACCAUUCUUUUCGGGACACCCUGUAUAACUCAUUUAUACAUUGUUUAUCGAAAUAUUUAUUAUAAAUAUAUUUGUUGUUACUA